CAGCUCCACGACACGCAGCGUGCGAUACACGCAAACAUCAGCCUCGGAGGAGAAAAAUGGACACAGCGAGUCAGAUCGUGUCCGUGGGGACAUUCGGAGUGCUAAAACUGCCCCUUGGAUUUAUACGCGUCCUGGAAUGGCUUUUUGCCAUUUUUGCUUUUGCAACAUGUGGAGGGUAUUCCGGUCAGCUGCGGGUUAGCGUGGACUGCGUGAACAAGACUGACAGCAACCUCAGUAUCGGCAUCGACUUUGCCUACCCGUUCAGGUUGCACCAGGUGUCCUUCUACGCCCCCCUUUGCGAAGGCAAAAGGCAGGAGCGCCUCUUCCUCACAGGAGACUACUCCUCCUCAGCAGAAUUCUUCGUCACCAUCGCCGUCUUCGCCUUCCUCUACUCACUGCUGGCCACCGUGGUCUACAUCUUCUUCCAGAACAAGUAUCGUGAGAACAACAGGGGGCCCCUCAUUGACUUCAUUGUGACCGUGGUCUUCUCCUUCAUGUGGCUGGUCAGCUCGUCUGCCUGGGCCAAGGGGCUGUCCGACGUCAAGGUGGCAACAGACCCGGAUGAGGUUCUGCUGCUCAUGUCGGCAUGUAAGCUCCAGGCCAACAAGUGUGGCUCGGUGCACGGACCCAUGUGGUCGGGCCUCAACACCUCUGUGGUGUUUGGCUUCCUAAACUUUGUCCUCUGGGCUGGGAACAUUUGGUUCGUCUUCAAGGAAACCGGGUGGCACAAAUCGGCGCAGCGGUACCCCGCUGGCUCCUCGGACAAGCAGACGAGCGCCCUCAACCAGAAGCCCUACAACCGGGGCAGCUUUGAGCAGUCGGGGGGCUUCGGCGCCCAGGGUGACCUGGGGCAGCAGUCGAGCUACGGCCAGGCGGAUGGCUACGCUGCGGGUGGGCCCACCUCCUUCGCCAACCAGAUGUAACGCCCGUGACCCACAAAGGUCACGUCCGCACAGGGCCGGGGUGGUAAGAGCGCAGUAUCUCUGUCCGACUAACAUAGCGGCAGAGGGUUAUAUCGUACAAAUAAAGUGAUGCAGGUGAUG